AUGGCCGCAAAUUUAAGGAGACGAGUCACUCACGAGAGAAAUGGAGGUGCUUAGGACUUUCCCAAAUAUAUUUCCCCGUUCCCUAAAAUUUUAGGAACUAAUGAAUGUAAUGUUGUCUUUUUAGGGGUCAAUUUCUUGGAUAAAAAAGACGAAAUAAGUCGCGCACGAAUCCAUCAACUCCGCCAGCGUGCUGAGGUAUAACGUACAUCUACAUCUACAUCUACAAGAUUUUGUUUGACGUGUAAUCUUGCACACAUUUACGUGAAAUGAUUGAAAAAACUUUGCAGUUAUUUAAAUCUUGUAGUCUUUUUUGUACCGUGCGGGUCUUGGUCUUACAGAUUUAUGCAAUCGUCAUUUUUUUGAAAGAUGGACUAAGAAGUCUACUAAAUUAAAUCAUCAAACUGAAACUCUAUGCAGGAGCGAGAUAUACACUGCAGUGUGUUUUCACUUCAUAACAACCGAAUCGUGGUAUUUGAGAGUAUUACAAGCUUAUUUUACUGCUGAGGUUUCUUUUGAACAGCUGCUUCACUGUGCACAGGUUUCGAAAUGAAAUAUUACGCGUCUCUGGGUUCAAGCUAGCUCAAGCUGGCCUAAGUUUUUGAAAUUUAAGGUUAAUCUCUGUGACCUCGGUAAAUUUUGAGUUUCUAAUUUUUUCUAUUUUUUCUCUAGCAACUGAGAACGGAGUUAGUAGAGCAGAUUGAUGGCCAGCUGAACGAGUUAAUAGACGAUGUUUUACACGAUGUAGACCAUUUAGAACCCACAACAGAUCCUUCUAACCACCCCACUAGGUUAGUUCAGAGUACGUAUUUUCUGUUUACUGAAGUAAAGUAAACAAUAAUCCUAGGCACGUGGAUAUUCAAAGCCCCAAGGAAGUGAACUUAUCUGGUAUCACCAUGAACUUAUUUUAAAUUUAAUGGGAGAUCACAUGAAUGUCGUAUGAAUAUCUUAGUUUAUUUCCUGAGAGAUCAUAAUGCUUAUAAGCUUAGAUUACCCUCUUCACUUGUGCGUUCAACAUCAGUUCAAGCGUAGAGAGCGUCGGUUUCGCUCUAUUUAUGGUUCACAGCAUUGCAAAAAUGCUCUGUUUUGCAUGAAAUUUUGCAUGAACGCAAAAGCGAAGUAAUGAUAGAUCUAACUUAUUUACGUGUUGAGAAAAUAUUCAAAGAUCAAAGUCUUUUCGAAGUUAUUCUUUUAAAGUAAUAUCUUAUGAAUUCCAUCUGUGAAGUUUUAUCAAAGACUUAGCCUUAUUUUACUCAAGUUGUAAUUCAUGAAAGUAAAUUUCCACCGUCCUAGAUGUUUUUGGAUUUGUUAGAAAUGUUUAUUGCAGGAUUGACAUUUUACCUUUUGUUUGUUUUCGACUACACUGUAGCAAGGAAAAUGUCACGACAUUCCCUGCUCAUAAAUAUUAAGAGUUCAUUAUUAUACCGCCUUGAAUCUUUUGUUUGAAAAUUGUUUCAAAAAUAAUUAUUUCAAAGGUUUCUUAAUUUGGAACAUUUUAUUGGAACUCUAAAAGUAAUAGAUACAUGCACAAAUUUGUCAAACGCAGAACUCUUAAAAAUAAGCCAACAGCCAUUUAAUUAAUUUUGAGAUCUAUAUUAAUACAAGCUUUCAUGCGAAUUAUAAAAUAAGUCAUCACUUUACAUUGGAUAUUUGUAGUCGUCCUUAUCAUAGUGAGUGACAAAUGACCGCAGGUUUGAUCUAUUUUGCUGCUGAAUGUGUUUAUGUAGGGUUUUCUAUCAUCUCUUCGACAGAAAGUGUUUUUAUCUAUAUUUCAAAGAAAUGGCGUGGUGCUACGUACUGCCAUGCUAAGCUUUUUUGACUGUUGAGCAAGACUUGAGUAUACAACCGCUCAGUUUCAGACGUCAGAUUUCUUUCAGUUGAAUAAAAGUAAACAUGUGUAAGUUAAAAUGUGUAAGUCUAGUUUAGAACCUUAAAAUUGAGUUCUAUACACCUCUUUAGGCAUAUGAAGGCAUUUUGCACUAUGGUUAAGCUUGUCAUACUAGCCAGUAGCACAACUUCGUUUCAAUCGUUGCACUACUUCUGUGCUUAAAUUAUUUUACUUAAUCAGCUGAGUUUGGCACACAUAAAAUGGUAAAACAUGAAGUUUCCAAAAGGCCUAACAGUCUUGUUGAAUCACUGAGCCAUUAUAGGGUAACAUACAUGUAGUUUGUCUUUUGGUUUAGAUAUGGAGGUUUAUUUCUAAUACAUUUUGUAUCUCAUUUGCUUUAUGUUGUGAUUUUUAUUGAGACCUAUCACAUGUUUGUCAAUAGCUACAUGAUAACCCUUUGUCCAAAACUUGUGGCGUUGUGUCAGAAUUAUUCAUCUGUAAAAUUACAAUGCCCCAAACACCCCUAACUAAAGAAAAGUAUUAAUUCAAGAAUUUCAAACGUGAAAACUACCCUUUUAACAAGCAUUGAUGCAUGACAGCACAACCACAGCAGGAGAACCCAGAAAACCAACAAUAACAAGAAAGAAAAAGGAAGAAUUUGGCUCAGGCAGGGGUUCUGUAUUGACCUUGCAACAUAUUUAAUACAAUGUAGCACCAUUGUUUCAAAGUUGCCUUUUGGCAACCUAUUAUUAAUAAAAUGUUCGUCAAACAUAAGAUAUAUCGUUGCCAGAAAAAUAAAUUAUGACAUGAAGGGUCAAACAGAAAUAACCAAAACGGCUGCUGAACCUGUAUCACAAUCAUUACAGUCAAAUUCCGCAUCACAUGCAACAACUCAAGGCUUAUUAUUAUACAUAGACUGCAAGGGUGGAAGGGGUGAGUUAUAGACUCAAGAAAAUGGAGUAUAAAUGAUAUUUCAUGCACAUUUUUGGCGAUUUCUUUUUACCUUUACAAAGAUGGCCAUUAUUAAAACCAACUAAUUAAAACACUGACUACAGCUUGGCACUACAAUACAGUUUUAGUUGCCAACAUUUUUUUUCUANUUGAUGCAUGACAGCACAACCACAGCAGGAGAACCCAGAAAACCAACAAUAACAAGAAAGAAAAAGGAAGAAUUUGGCUCAGGCAGGGGUUCUGUAUUGACCUUGCAACAUAUUUAAUACAAUGUAGCACCAUUGUUUCAAAGUUGCCUUUUGGCAACCUAUUAUUAAUAAAAUGUUCAUCAAACAUAAGAUAUAUCGUUGCCAGAAAAAUAAAUUAUGACAAACAGAAAUAACCAAAACGGCUGCUGAACCUGUAUCACAAUCAUUACAGUCAAAUUCCGCAUCACAUGCAACAACUCAAGGCUUAUUAUUAUACAUAUCUACUGCAAGGGUGAAAGGGGUGAGUUAUAGACUCAAGAAAAUGGAGUAUAAAUGAUAUUUCAUGCACAUUUUUGGCGAUUUCUUUUUACCUUUACAAAGAUGGCCAUUAUUAAAACCAACUAAUUAAAACACUGACUACAGCUUGGCACUACAAUACAGUUUUAGUUGCCAACAUUUUUUUUCUACUCUUCCAACCACCAAGAAAGCUUGGAGUGGAAUGUUCAAGUAGGCAAGAAGUAAAUUGAGAAAAAGUGUUAAAGAUCCUCCCAAUGUCCAUCCAAAGCUGCAUCUACACAAGCAAGCUUUCUCAGACAAAAACAAAAUUGCCCGUAUACAGUGUUCAUUGUACAUUGGAAAGCAUUUGAAGGCUUUUGGCUAAGCAGUGUCCUUUGUUCAAAAAUUAGUGGUAAAACUUGUCAAGGACAAUUUUUGGCCCUUGAAUUCAGUUGCAUGUAUUUUGUAAUAAUAUUGUGUGCCAGACUUGUCAAGAAAAAUAUUGUUUGUAUUUAAACCACCAAGAAGAACUUGUGAAGGACACUGGUCAAUCUAAACUAAUGUGUGUGUAUAAUUAUGCAAGUGGCUCAUAGACACAUUGAAUAAAUUUAAUUGACAUAUAUUUAUUGUGGCAGUGUGUACUACUACAGCACCCUAAAUAUCUAAUUAAAGUGCUAAUCUCCUGUCACCAUGUAUAUGUACAUGACUGUAUGUACAUGGACAGGUCCUCAAGGUUGAAUAAAUGCAAUAUUUAAGUGGGUUUAAAAUGUAUCAAGAUGAUUAAAAAGAGAUGUGUGUAGAGUGAUAAAUAAUACAUUUCAUUACAGUUAACUCUGUGCAGCCAAGCUGGCUAAUUCAACUUUGCCUUGUCAUACUGUCAUUUUUAAAUAUUAAUUCAUUUAUUCACUGGCUUUUCUUAUUGCAGAGACAAAUUAAAUGGAAGUAGGGUGUUUGUUCCACGGCAGUCUCUACUGACGUAAGUAGCAUAGUAUGUAUCGUUCACUCUUUGGUUGAGUUUAAGCAGACUUUGGUGUUAAAUCAAGACUCUCUUGGCUACUUAUUCCAUACAACCCUUUAUGAGAAAACCAGAAAUUCAAUUCAAUGAAAGAGGCUAGAUUUGUUCAGUUAUUUUGGAAAAUUAUUACUUUUGCUGCUUAAGAAAGUUUGGACAUUCAGUCUCCUCUUUGGCUCUACACGUACAUGUAGCAGCUCUUUUGGGUUUAUACUUUCAAUUUUUUAGUGAGUAGAUGAAUUUAGUUCUUGUGUGACAUUGUCAAAAACACAUUUUUUUUGUAAAUGGUAAACACUGCAGUCACUGAUACAGAAAAAAAGCAUUAUAUGAAAUAGUUUCUUUGAAAAAGGGUUUGCAAUGUUUCCCAUUGACAUCUUUGCCUGCUGCUUUGUGUAUGCAAACCGACAGUGUACCUGAAAAACCCUGGGGGGGUACUUUAGGAAUUUCGGGGUGGGGAUGUGCCGCUGGGACCCUGGAACCCUUAACCUAUGCCAGAGCUAGUUCAGCUGAAUUUUACUACCCUGUACUAGAGUAAACUCCCCCAAUCCCCCCUAUCCUAGAGUAGCUGUUUCCCUAGUCUAGACAAAAUCUUCAACCAACUGAUCAGUUUCCUGAAAAAUGAUACCCUAUUAUAGACCCAAACUCUAUGAUUUAUAUACCCUAUCCCAGAGUAAACUGCUUAAAAACCAUACCCUUCACAUACCUAUAUAGCCCAUAUAAUUAUGGCAGUAACCCCCCCCACCCCUUUCAGGCUGAAAACUAACAGUUUACUGCUGGGACAAUAUCCAUAUCCAACCCAUCUAGGGUCAUUGGAAAUUCUAAGAGAGAGAUUAGGCAUUUAAAGGCCAAAAUUCAGGGUGCAAAAAAUUAAGAAUUUGUUCAUGCUUAGCGUGCGUAUAUCGAGUUAUGGAUGUACGCGGGAAGUUUGGAGAGCACGAAAGAUGCGUAAGAGUUGCACGAGGCGAUAGCCGAGUGCAACUCUAGCUUCUUGAGUGCUCUCCAAACUUCCCAAGUGCAUCCAUAACUCGAUAUACGCACAGCUAAAAAGCAUGAGCAAAUUCUUUUAUAACAUAGCUGACAAAAAUGCUUGCUUUUUGAUUAACUGCAAAAUUCUCGUAACGCGCUACACAAUAACAAACGGUUCUAUUGGCUGAUUACGAACACGCCACAAUCGUCUAGUUUGAGUGAAAAUGUUCUUUCUGUAAAACUGAGAAAGAAAAUUUGCUUCUUUAUUCGUUAACGAUCAAUGGAAACUAAGCAGAAACAAAGGUAAAAGAGUCUUAAAGUUCACCUAAAGUUAAAAUACUAAUAUGUUCGUAAGAAGUCGUGGAGUAUGGUUUGGAUUUGCUGAAAAGAUGUUUACGUUUUGCUCGGCGAAAUUCAGAAAACAUGUUUUUAGCGAAGACGACUGUCAUCCUUCUUUAAACUUAUAUUCAUUUACAAGCAUUGGCUGGUCAUUACGGCUUCUUGAGAAGACCUGGCAGCAGUUGUUUUCGGGAGUAAUAAAUUUAUGUCUUCUUGUGUAAUUUGUGUUGUUAUUGCGAGAGAAAUUUUCCUGCUUCAGUCGGAUUGUCCGGAGAUAACAAAAGUGCAUAACAAAUUUAAAAACAAAAAUAAAAAAGGAAAUUUUACCCUUAAAUGUUGUUGAUGACCAGUUGGUGUCUGUUCUGUUCCCAGUGAAUGUUUUUCGGCCAAAAUUUGCUGCAGUUGGCAAAUUUUCCGACAAAUUUGCGAAACGCGCAACUUGCGAGUUUUUUUUUAAUUCGGCUUUAUUUUUGCUGCUGUUGGAUCAGGACCUAAAAGGUCAAUGCCGAUACAAAAAUUGGGCAGUUCUUCGCUGGUUUCUUCCAUGUUUUAAAGAGAAGGAAAACUGCACUGCAGCUUAAAAGACGACAACUGUAAUUUGCAUUUUUUUUUUGUCUAGCUGCAAUUAUUGCAGCUAGACAAAAAAAAAUGCUCACGUCAUCUUAUUUACGCACGGGCGUGCGUAAAUAAAGAUUUUGUUCAUAGCAGCUCAAUAGGACUUAUAUAGGGCAAGCACGCGCGCUAUGUUAUAAAGGUCAGUUUUACAGCUUGCUGUUAUGGUAGCUAUAGCAUUAACUAGCCAAAGAGCCAUUUUAACUAGCCUGGAAAAAUUUUUGAUGAGCAAGGUUUAUUAUUGGUUUUCUGUUAUUUGAAUGCCCCCUAAAACUUUGCAAGUUCAUAAUAACAGAAUUCACUAAUAUUCCGAUAGCAAAAUUCACCAGCCCUGGGCUAUCGGACACAAUUUUCUUUGCAUGCUGAAUUUUUUAAGGAAAUUAUGAAGCUACAUGUAAACUAGCAUCAUGUUCGGGAAAGGGGGAGGGGAGAGUUGAAACCAAGAUCCCUCAGUAGGGGUAGUAUGGAUUUUUUUUAAUAAUACAUUGCUUUGAAAUCCUUUAAUAAUAAACUAUUGUCAAUGAAGGCUGAUUUUCUUUCUUCCCUCCUUCCUUCCAGGGAGCUUCUUGAAGUAAACCAUAUCAAGACAAUCUACAACAUUUUUGUAGCCUUGCUUAUAGUGUUAAUCAUCAACACUGUAGUUUAUGACUACAUCGAUAAAGGAAGGUGCAUAACGUACAUGUACAUAUGUAUCAUUAAACUGUUUCGAACUGUAAUUACCUGUAGUAUUUUUGUCUUAGUUUUGAAUCUUAGUAUUUUUAUCUUAGAUUUAAACAGUUUUCAAACGAUUUUUAAACACAAACUGAAACAGUUUUUGUUAAGCCAUUCGAACCUUAGUUGGUCUUUUUAAUCUUAGUCCUAGUUUUAAACCUUAGUUUUUAGCCGUAUCUUAGUUUUAUUUUAAUGUAUUAUUUUUUAUCUUAAUUUUGGAGGACCCUCCAGAAAACCCCCUUUAGGUGAUUUGAGGCCUCCUCUUAAAAUAUUAUUUAUUACAUUAUUAUUAUUAUUAUUAUUAUUAUUAUUUUUAUUUUAAGUACACGUUUUUGGCAAUAUGAUUCUUUAACUUUUAAAUUGAGGUAGACAUUUAUGAGGCCAUUAUUCACCAACAGUAAAAAAAAAAAAAUAUUGUGUUAAUUAAAUAUGUGGAUUUAAUUGUUGUUAAGAUGUUUGAAAUUUAUGUUCAAAUUUGAGGACGAGAAUGAUUGUAGUUGAGUACGAGAUUUGAUUUAAAUUUUUUUGCAUAUACUUGUAUUAUCAAAAAAUAGACACCCCAGAAAGCUUAAUUGUACUUUUUUCACCAGAAAAGUUAGCACUCUUAUCUUACUGGAAGAGGUUAAACCCUCUCUUGGUCGCAAAAUGACAAAACUUCUAAUAUAGAAGUUAUUUUCACCACUACGACACUCUCACUAAAACUGGUUGUAGAAUGACAAUGGCUAUCACAUUUUCCUGCCAAAAUGACUCUGGCUCAUGUGUGAGCACAAUUUAGUAUUGAGAAAAACUCUUACCUGCGGUCCUCAUCUUAGAAUCUAUAGGUCUUUAAUGAACUGACUGGUAUAUCCCUUUUUGCUUUCUUUCAGUCUUACACUUGAUCUGUCAAUUCUAAGAUGGGCGUUUGGAAAGCCUUCAACUGUGGUCAGCAUUUGGCUCGUUAUGAAAGUCAUGGCUAUGUCAGCCUUUCCCAUUUUUAUGGCGUGGCAUUCAAACAGGCAUUCGUGGAUGCCACUGCCAGAUAUGGCCUGGUUUAUGUUGUACAUAACUUACUUGAUUGUGUUUGCCAUAUUCCCAGUUCAGGAAGUCUGUCAACAUAACCUACCUCCUGCAUCUUCUAUUAUCAUACUUGCAGAACAGGUAAUUAACUGUAUAUAUUUCAUUUCAGCCAACAACAGCAGCGCCCAUGACUAAAUACAUUUUAGAGUACUUUUUGCCAUUGAAAUGGAAGCUCCACUCUUUAGCCUGCGUUGCAGACGGUCUAGAAGGACUACAUCCAUACUGUUCUUCAUCUAGUUCUCGAGAGACAUAUCCGGCUGCAACACAGGCUGUGCUCCUUUGGGCAGUUUUGUUAAACUGUUGGCUUUGUCUCAUUCAUCCUUCUUUCAUCAUUCAGGUGAAAUCAAAGGGGACAUAAAAGAACCUACAGUAGUGUUUGAAGAGGGUAAGGGAAGUUACCCUGGAAGUGUGGUUUACCUUGCAUACACACUGUAUAUCAUUCAUAUCUGGGCUGGAACUGAUAGUGGCUGCUAGUGGCACCCUUUUAUGCUGACUUCCGAGCUUGCCCGUUAACAUGUUAACAUAAUUGUAAUGUAAAGAGGACACAUCCAUUGUCCUCCGAUCUCAUCCACAUCAUGUCAUGUAUGAGAAAAUUCAAACAUACAAACUACAUCUGCGAACACAUCGAAAGGUGAAAAAUACCAUUUCCAGGUCUAUAGAGUGUUUUCACGCAUGUGGCCAGCGUCUAUGCAAAUUUAUUGAAACAAAAGAAAUCGUUUGCUUAAGAAAAGAGUUCAACUCCCACAGGACUAGUUUGGGACACCAACAUGGCCACCGUUUCAUUGUUUUUUGGAUACCAGUGUGGCUGCCGUGACGUCAUGUGUUGACUUAAAAGAUAAUUCUUAAUGAGGCCAAAAUCAGAAAAAAAGAAACGUCUCUUAAGGAGCGUACGGAUAUGUUUUGGAGGAACACAUUAAUUUUAAAAGUGAAAUCUUUCUGAUUGUCACUGUAACACCAUGCAUGUAAUUUCCUUCUCAAACGUAUACCUUUGCCAUUUUGCGGUGUAAUUUUUAUUCUACUUCUUUGACGUGCCGUGUAAGUUCUCUUUGCCUUAAUUUGGUUUCCAGGUUCGUUUUAUGCUGAAAGUUCAUGCCUUUGUAAGGGAAAAUGUCCCUAAGGUUCUGUCACACAAGAAAGAAGUAGGUAAGAAAACUGUUUGCUUCUUUUUAAGUAAUUUGUUUUGUUAGCAGGAGAUUGUCAAUGGAGUUAUACCUCAAAAGAGGCCACAGUUAACUCUUUAAGGCCAAUAUUCAUCCUGUGAGCAGAGCAUCCUUUUGUCGUCUUCUUGUUGGAGGAGGAAUUGGAAAAAAAGAAGGCUAUUAUAUAAGACUGCGAGCAAGCUCUUCGGGGCGCUUUCCUGUAAAAGGGAGGAGAGCUUGCAACUACGUCUCUGGAAUUUAAAUUCAACUUCCAAUUCCCCUGUGGAUCCCCAUCGACUGAGCUUUCAGAUUUCCGCCAAUCAUUGCCAAGCGGAAACGAGCACGAAUGUAAACAAACAUUGGAAAACACGUGAAAGCACGUGCCAAGGGUAAUGACGUCAUUACUUAUGUCAUCUACGCCAAUCAGCAUUUCGCAUCGACUUUUUCGAUUCAGAUAUUUAAAUUCCAGAGACGUAGUUGCAAGCUCUCCUUCCUUUUCCCGCCCCGCUGCUAGAGCGCCCCAGAGAGCUUGCUUGCAGGCUAAAACCAGUCGGUCAUGAGAUAUCAAAUUUCAAUACUCGAAGAGAAAUGUUUUAUCUCCGCAAGGCGUAAUAUCUUCUUUUAUAUGGUUAUGACAGCAACAAUUGUUGUUAUACGCGAGACAGUCCCAUUUACACCCUCUUGUAAGUGAAGGGUUAAAAAAAUAACCAAACUCUCUAUAUUCAAAGGAUUAACACCUCAAGAAGCCAAACGAGUUCUACUUCAGACGUUGAAGAGACAUUUCUGGAAUUCCUGUAAUUAAUCAACUUGUAUCUGAUCUUUUUAAACAUUUUAAACCUUUUUUUGUGUUUUAAUUGUUUCCAACCCACUUCCUUUAAAUUAUACGGGCCAGGAAGGCUAAUAUUAACCUGAUGACAAGUUGCCAUUAAAGAUGCAAGUUUUAGUGGUUCGUGUAAACAAUGAAAUAAUAUGAAGCAAACUGGACUAGUUUGUAUAGAACUCUCGCUACCAUUUUUACGCUUUUCACUACAAAAAAUAAUAUUGUGAGUAACCUCAUCUCAUGGAAAACGGCCGUUUCGAUUCAAAGUCGUUUCGAAACAAGUCGUUUUGAUACGAGCUCAAGCAGUGAAAUUGCACGAAAAUUUGCUUGACUUCAAGUAAAGUUUGCGUGUGAACAAGAAAAACAUUUUGAGUGAAUGCUCUUCGUUCUUUAAGCCAAGUAAUUGGAACUUUUUACUCCUCCACCGAGUAAACUUGUAUCGAAACGACUUCUUAUCGAAACGACCCGUACCCCAGGUCAUAACCGAGUAAAUGCGCGCUUUGCUUUGGCGGACAUUCGGAAAGUGUAAGACAUACAAUCAACCAGCUCCCAUAAGCGGUCAGCUACAUGUAUCCAAAACUCCGAAAUCUUCAUAGUGAAGUUACUACAAUGGAAACCACCUUUCGAAUUAAAGUGAUUACGACCACUUAUGUGGAUGAAAGCUUAAGAAUUUUCAAUUGUCCUUAUUCCUGUAAGCGACCACUGAAGAAAUUGUUUGAUUCCUUCUGUUAAUUGCUUUUUCUUCACUUCUAAACGAGUGCGAUGUACUAUUUGUGAGAAAAGGAGACUACACAAGCCAUAUCGUAACUUCGAUAUCACAUGUAACGAAUUCUCUUCAAAAAUGUAUAUGUAUUCCGUCCACUUCUAGAAUGAGACCCAUAUGGUUCGAUUCUCGUGAGCGCCCACCCCCCGUUGAGUGGUCGCUUACAAGUGAUGUUAGACGGGACGAUUCGCAACGACGAUUUUUAGCGCAACACAGCGUUACCAUGCUGGAACAAUGUUGUAACCAUUCGAAACAAUAUCGCAACAAUGUUGCCAUGCUGUGUUGCGCUUAAAAAUCGUCGUUGCGAAUCGUCUCGUGUAACAUCACCUUACGGAGGUUUGACUGUAUUAAAAUUUUAAACAAGAAAAAAUAUAGAAAACGUUUGGUUGUGUCUACAGUUUCGACUCGUGUUGAGGAUUCUGAUCAAGUUAAUCAGGGCAACGGCGAUGAAGAUACAACAACUAGUGAGACUCAGGAUAAAGAAGCGAACCAGCUAUUGCCAGAGUUUGGCCAGUACUUGUACUUCUUAUUCUGUCCAACGCUUGUCUACAGAGAUCAGUACCCAAUGUAAGACUUUGUUGUUAAGAUAACAGUAGUAAAUAUGAUACAAUGGCAUAAUGACAUGCAAUAUGAUAUUAUACCCAAAGGGGAGGUAAUCAAUAGUGGUGGAUAUUAAACAAUUAUUCCUCGAGCCCGAAUGGGCUCUGAGUCAAUAGCCCAUGAGGCCGAAGGCUGAAUGGGCUAUUGACUCAGAGGCCAUGAGGGCGAGAGGAAUAAUUGUUUUAGUAAAAUCCAACUAAUUGGUCAAAGAUGUCGAGAAUAAAAAACUUUUAGCUAGUUAAAACUAGACUUUAAUCCUUUUUUGCCGCCAAAAAGCCCGCGCUUUUCGCUACUAGUGGGCUGUAACAUAUAGGCUAGUAGUAGCUCAACCAAUCAGAGCGCAGCAUUGAUAAUAGACCACUAGUUGGAUUUUACUAAAUACCAAGAUAUGAAGAGUCAAGGUAUAUAUCUAGCGCUAUGCACCGACCGUGAGGGCGAUAGUUGUUUCACAGUGAAGUAUUUGACAAAUCUUUUGGAGAAAAAAUGAUUAAGUCACUUUCUUGAAUUAGCCAACCUACGUGUCCACGUACGUUCUGAACCCGCGGAGCGCUCCUUUCCUCACCCCCACCCCCUAGCGCUUGCGGUCGAUAUUUUUAUAAGCGUGCUUGACCAUCUCUUAAGAGAAAGUAGAGGGUCUGUGAACAGACUAUUCUUGAAUGAAAGACGUCACUUAAUAAGAGCGGUUUACGUUUUAAUGGACAGUGUUUUGGGUACUUGUCCAGUGCAUUGUAAGGUAAAUAGGAUAAAAAUUUUCUACUUACCUGUAAAUCUCAACAAUCCAAAUUCCUUUGCUUUCUUGGUAUUUGUUGGUACAGCCACUUCAUUUGACGCUAGAAUGUAGUCUUUCGAAACUGCCAUGAAACGGGACGCCAUAUUGACUCCCUUCCGAAAGCGGAGAAUAGCUAAGGAUAUUGCGAGUUACCGGAGCCAAUCAAAGUGCACGAAAUUGGCAUCCACUGAUUUGGUACACUUUAUUGACCGAUAAGAGACCAGUGAAACUGAGCAAGGAGAUCGGAACAUUGUUUGGUUAAAGCAAGACAUUACGCUGGGCCAAAACAAAUCAGUUUGUUUUUUUAAUUGGAAUUGUGGUUUCCUCUAAGACGAAUUACUGGAAAUGGACGAUAGAGAUUGACAGGUCAGAAAUUGACCACGAAAGGAUGCCAUUUUAUAUGUUUCCAUUAAAAUUUUUGGAAACUGUAGCUCAAUGGCGUGCAGCACCAAUAGUCCACAAAACGGUUUGAAAGUCAUUGUGAAUGUGUGUUAAUUGUUUAUCGACCACUUAGUAAAAUUCCUCUAAUCUCCCUCACUUGAUUGGGCCAUACAUCUGCAUAAUUUUCUCAAAAUGUAUGUAACUAUCGGUUUGAAGGAAAUUUUGUUAGGUGUAUUUAUCCACGUUUCUAGCUCUAAACUAAACUCAUAUGGUCUGUAUAAUGUGGUUAAUCUUUAGUAUGCAUGUGUUUGCCUUUUGGGCCUUACAAGUGCUAAAUCUUUUUUCAGAUACCGUAAAAUUCCGAAAUAAGCCCCUCCACGUAUGAGCCCCUCCAAGUAUAAGCCCCCCAAACUCGUAACGCAAAAAACCCUCCGUUAAAUCGCCCCUCCGAAUAUAUGCCCCCAGGGGCUUGUACUUGGAAAUUGCCGUCAAAUACAAACUAAAAUAAAGCAAAAACGGUCAAUUUACUUCCAAGUACAAGGCUAGCCCAAUCGAUUUUGAAACGCAAAUUUCCCUCCAAAGAUAAGCCCCUCCGAAUAUAAGCCCCUCCAAAAAUAAGCCCCUCAAAAAGGGCCUUUGAAAAAUAUAAGCCCCGGGAAUUAUUUUCGGAAUUUUACGUUAUAUAAACGACAUCUUUGAACUAAUCUUAAGACUUAUUUGGCACAUUAUUCUGUUUGCUAUUUCAGGACUCCUUACAUCAGAUGGAAUUAUGUGGUGUCUAAUGCAUUUCAAACUUUGGCCUGCAUCUUCAAUACUUAUUAUGUGUUCGCUCGGUUCUGCGUUCCGGUCUUCAGAGAUAUUGGGAAGUCUAACUGGAGCUUUAAGUGAGUACAUUUACGUAAUGUUCGAAAGCUCAUUAACAGCUCAACAACAACUCAUAAGGAUGAACUGAAGUGUGUAAGCGCCUGCGAAUUCGAAUACCCUUGGUGAAGUACGAGUUUCAAGGAUAAACUGAAAGAGUUCUACAUUUUGAUCCGCUUUGUCACCAAAAAUUGAUGUCCAGUCUUGUUAUUGAAGACUAAUAUAUAGAUUUAGCCAGGUCUAAAAACGAGGCUCUCUUUAAUAAAUUUAUUAUUUAAAUCAAACAAUAAACUUGUAUUCCACAAUUUGACACAAGAACCCGCGAUAUGGUCAUGUGAUACUGGUCAGUGGCUAUCUUGUUUUGACAGCUGUCAUUGACCAUAUCGUGAAGGUCCAAUAUAAAAGAUGUGGAUUUGCCAAGACACACCUGACACACCCCUCCCUUCCUGUUGAUAGUCUCCCCUACCCCACCCGUACAAUCUGUGGACGCCUACGCUCGGUCAAUCACGUGACAACCAAACGAAAAGAGGCUGACCAUAUUCUAUGAGUAUGGAGCUCUGUCCCACGCGCCAUUCACGCGCGUGGGAGCCUCGCUAUAAUCAUAUAGGCAUUAAAACUGUUUCCAGUCGUCUGUUGCAACAGAUGGCAAGAAUGGAAGCUGACAGACAUGGAUUGAAACUUAAAAAAAAUGAAAAAGUUUGGCUUUUUCGAGUUUCAAUGCUAUACGACACAAAUCAUUGGUUAGUACUCCCCAGAGAAAUUUGUUUUUUAUCUUCUUCACAUCUCUACAGGAGCAUUUUGUGUGUUGAUACAGGCACCAAAUAAUGACAUUAGCAGAGAUUUGAUCUUUUAAAACAACUAUACCCUUGUGCCAUAGCCAUUAAGCAUUUUCUGAGAAUGAUUUUUAUUUUGUACCCCACGACUUAUUAAUACAGAAACUAAUGAUUUUUUAAAUAUAUGUCUUUCUUUUUAGGCAUUUCACACUUUGUGUAUUCUCCUACAGUAGUGUUUGAAGAGGGUAAGGGAAGUUACCCUGGAAGUGUGGUUUACCUUGCAUACACACUGUAUAUCAUUCAUAUCUGGGCUGGAACUGAUAGUGGCUGCUAGUGGCACCCUUUUAUGCUGACGUCCAAGCUUGCCCAUUAGCAUGUUAACAUAAUUGUAAUGUAAAGAGGACACAUCCCUUUUCCUCCGAUCUCAUCCACAUCAUUUCGUGUAUGAGAAAAUUCAAACAUACAAACUACAUCUGUCAACACACUAAAGGGUGAAAAAUACCAUUUCCAGGUCUAUAGAGUGUUUUCACCCAUGUGGCCAGCAUCUUUGCAAAUUUAUUGAAAAAAAAGAAAGCGUUUGUAAGAUAAUUCUUAAUUUUUAAGAAUAAACUGAUUGGUGCAAGUGCUGUGACUUGAGUACACUGAAGUUGUUCACCCUAAGUCAUGGUCAUGGGCUCCUCUUCGCAAUCAAAGUUUUUGUUAAGAAGUCGAGGACUAUGGGGUAGGUAUGGAUAGGUGUGUCCAUUAUCUCCGAGAGGGGGUAGGGGUGGUUCUCAAAAGCCAAUUUUUUUUAAUUCUGAAGUUAAACUGGAAUUUCCAUCGGGGUAGGAGUGGAGAGGUUCUAAAAAAAGAGAAAAAAAAGAAACGUCUCUUAAGGAGAGUACGAAUAUGUUUUGGAAGAACACAUUAAUUUUAAAAGUGAAAUCUUUCUGAUUGUCACUGUAACACCAUACAUGUAAUUCCCUUCUCAAACAUAUACCUUUGCCAUUUUGCGGGGUAAUGUUUAUUCUACCUCUUUGACGUACCGUGUAAGUUCUCUUUGCCUUAAUUUGGUUUCCAGGUUCGUUUUAUGCUGAAAGUUCAUGCCUUUGUAAGGGAAAAUGUUCCUAAGGUUCUGUCACACAGGAAAGAAGUAGGUAAGGAAACUGUUAUGCCUCCUCUAAAGUAAUGUGUUUUGUUAGCAAGAGAGUAUCAAUGGAGUUAUCCCUCAAAAGAGGCCACAGCUAACUCUUUAAGGCCAAAUAUUCAUGCUGAGAGUAGAGCCUGCCUUUGUCUUCUUCUUGUUGGAGGAGGAAUUUGGAGAAAAGGACGCUAUUAUAUAAGCCUGCGAGCAAGUUCUUCAGGGGCGCUUUCCUGGAAAAGGAAGGAGAGCUUGCAAGUGCGUAUCUGGAAUUUAAAUUCAACCUCCAAUUCCCCUGUGGCUCCCCGUCGACUGAGCUUUCAGAUUUCUGCCAAUCAGCGCAAAGCUUAAACAAGCACGAAUGUAAACAAACAUUAAAAAACACGUGAAAGCACGUGCCAAGGGUAAUGACGUCAUUACUAAGGUCAUCUCCGCCAAUCAGCAUUUCGCAUCAACUUUUUCGAUUCAGAUAUUUAAAUUCCAGAGAUGUAGUUGGCAGCUCUCCUUCGUUUUCCCUCCCCGCUGCCAGAGCGCCCUGGAGAGCUUGCUUACAGGCUAAAACUAGUCAGUCGUGAGAUAUCAACUUUCAAUACUCGAAGAGAAAUUUUUUACCUCCGCGCGGCGUAAUAUCUUCUUUUGUAUGGUUAUGACAGCAACAAUUGUUAUAUGCGAGACAGUCCCAUUUACACCCUCCUGUAAGUGAAAGGGUUAAAAAAUAAUCAAACUCUAACUCUCUAUAUUCAAAGGAUUAACACUUCAAGAGGCCAAACGAGUUCUACUUCAGCCGUUGAAGAGACAUUUAUGGAAUUUCUGUAACUAAUCAACUUGUAUCUGAUCUUUGUAAACAUUUUUUUUUGUUUUAAUUGUUCCCAACCCAUUUCCUUUAAAUUAUACAGGCCAGGAAGGCUAGUAGAAACCUGGUGACAAGUUGCCAUUAAAGAUGCAAUUUUUAGUAGUUUGUGUAAACAAUGAAAUAGUAUGAAGCAAAUUGGACUAGUUUGUAUAGAACUCUCGGUACCAUUUUUACGCUUUUCACUACAAAAAAUAAUAUUGUGAGUAUGGAAAACGGUCGUUUCAAUUCAAAGUCGUUUCGAAACAAGUCGUUUUGAUAUGAACUCAAGCAGUGAAAUUGCACGAAAAUUUCCUUCACUUCAAGUAACAUUUUCGCGUGAACAAAAGAAACAUUUUGGGUUAAUGCUCUUCGUUCUUUGAGCCAAGUAAGUGGAACUUUUACUCCUCCACUGAGUAAACUUGUAUCGAAACGACUUCAUAUCGAAACGACUUUAUAUCGAAACGACUUUAUAUCGAAACGACUUUAUAUCGAAACGACCCGUAGCCCAUCUCAUGACCGAGUAAAUGAGCGCUGUGCUUUGGCGGACAUUCGGAAAGUGUGAGACAUACAAUCAACCAGCUCCCGUAAGCGGUCAGCUGCAUGUAUCCAAAACUCCGAAAUCCUCAUAGUCAAGUUACUACAGUGGGAAAAACCUCUCGAAUUAAAGCGAUUACGACCACUUAUGUGGAUGAAAAACUUAAGAAUUUUCAAUUGUCCUUAUCCCUGUAAGCGACCACUAAAGAAAUUGCUUGAUUCCUUAUGUUAAUUGCUUCUACUUCACUUCUAAACGAGUGCGAUGUACUAUUUGUGGGAACAGGAGACUACACAAGCCAUAUCGUAACUUAGAUAUCACAUGCGACGAAUUCUCUUCAAAAAUGUAUAUGUAUUUCGUCCACUUCUAGAAUGAGACCCAUGUGGUUCGAUUCUCGUGAGUGACUACCCUCCGUUGAGUGGUCGCUUACAGGUGAUGUUUCACGGGACGAUUCGAAACGACGAGUUUUAGCGCAACACAGCGUUACAAUGCUGGAGCAAUAUUGUAACCAUUCGAAACAAUAUCGCAACAAUGUUGCAAUGCUGUGUUGCGCUUAAAGAUCGUCGUUGCGAAUCGUCUCGUGUAACAUCACCUUACGUAGGUUUGACUAUAUUAGAAUAAUAGAGAAGGUUUGGUUGUGUCUACAGUUUCGACUGGUGUUGAGGAUUCUGACCAAGUCAAUCAGGGCAACGGCGAUGAAGAUGCAACAACUAGUGAGACUCACGAUAAAGAGGCGAACCAGCCAUUGCCAGAGUUUGGCCAGUACUUGUACUUCUUGUUCUGCCCAACGCUUGUCUACAGAGAUCAGUACCCAAUGUAAGACUUUGUUGUUAAGAUAACAGCAGCAAAUAUGAUACAAUAGCAUAAUGGCAUGCAAUAUGGUAUUAUACAGCUGUCCCACCCAAAGGGGAGGUAAUUAAUAGCGGUGGAUAUUUAACAAUUAUUCCUCGAGCCCGAAUGGGCUGUGAGUCAAUAACCCAUGAGGCCGAAGGCCAAAUGGGCUAUUGACUCAGACGCCAUGAGGACGAGAGGAAUAAUUGUUUUAGUAAAAUCCAACUAGUUGGUCAAAAAUGUCGAGAAUAAAAAAAAUUUAGCUAGGUAAAAGCUAGACUUUAAUCCUUUUUUGCCGCCAAAAAGCCCGCGCUUUUCGCGACUAGUGGGCUAUAACAUAUAGCCUAAUAGUAGCUCAACCAAUCAGAACGCAGAAUUGAUAAUAGAACACGAGUUGGAUUUCACUACAUACCGUUAUUUGAAGCGUCGAGGUAUACGUCUAGCGCUAUGCACCGACCGUGAGGGCGAUAGCUGUUUCACAGUGAAGUAUUUGACAAAUCUUUUGGAGAAAAAAUGAUUAAGUCACUUUCUUGAAUUAGCCAACCUACGUGUCCACGUACAUUCUGAACCCGCGGAGCACUCCUUUCCUCACCCCCACCCCCAAGCGCUUGCGGCCAAUAUUUUCAUAAGCGAGCUUGACAUCUCUUAAGAGAAAAUAGAGGGUCUGUGAACAAACUAUUCUUGAAUGAAAGACGUCACUUAAUAAGAGCAGUUAACGUUUCAAUUGACAGUGUUUUGGGGACUUGUCCAGUGCAUUGCAAGUUAAAUAGGAUAAUUUUUUUUUACUUACCUGUAGAUCUCAACAAUCCAAAUUCCUUGGCUUUCUUGGUACUUGUUGGUACAGCCGCUUCAUUUGACGCUAGAAUGUAGUCUUUCGAAACUGUCAUGAAACGGGACGCCAUAUUGACUCCCGUUCGAAAGCGGAGAAUAGCUAAGGAUAUUGCGAGUUACCGGAGCCAAUCAAAGUGCACGAAAUUGGCAUCCACUGAUUUGGUACGCUUUAUUGACCGAUAAGAGACCAGUGAAACUAAGCAAGGAGAUCAGAGUAUUGUUUGGUUAAAGCAAGACAUUACGCUGGGCCAAAACAAAUCAGUUUUUUUUAAUUGGAAUUUUGGUUUCCUCUAAGACGAAUUACUGGAAAUGGACGAUAGAGACUGACAGGUCAGAAAUGGGCCACGAAAGUAUGCCAUUUUAUAUGUUUCCAUUAAAAUUUUUGGAAACUGUAGCUCAAUGGCGUGCAGCACCAAUAGUCCACAAAACGGUUUGAAAGUCAUUGUGAAUGUGUGUUGAUUGUUUAUCGACCAAUUAGUAAAAUUCCUCUAAUCUCCCUUACUUGAUUAGGCCAUACAUCUGCAUAAUUUUCUCAAAAUGUAUUUAACUAUUAGUUUGAAGGGAAUUUUGUUAGGCGUAUUUAUCGACGUUUAUUAUAUGGUCUGUAUAAUGUGGUUAAUCUUUUGCAUGCAUUCGUUUGCCUUUUGGGCCUUACAAGUGCUAAAUCUUUUUUCAGAUACCGUAUAUAAACGACAUCUUUGAACUAAUCUUAAGACUUACUGGCACAUUAUUCUGUUUACUAUUUCAGGACUCCUUACAUCAGAUGGAAUUAUGUGGUGUCUAAUGCAUUUCAAACUUUGGCCUGUAUCUUCAAUACUUAUUAUGUGUUCGCUCGGUUCUGCGUUCCAGUCUUCAGAGAUAUUGGGAAGUCUAACUGGAGCUUUAAGUGAGUACAUUUACGUAAUGUUCGAAAGCUCAUUAACAGCUCAUCAACGACUCAUAAGGAUUAACUGAAGUGUGUGAGCGCCUGCGAAUUCGAAUACCCUUGGUGAAGUACGAGUUUCAAGGAUAAACUGAAAAAAUUAUUGUCCAGUCUUGUUAUUUAAGGCUAAUAUAUAGAUUUAGCCAGGGCUAAACACGAGGCUCCCUUUAAUAAAUUUAUAAUUUAAAUCAAACAAUAAACUUGUAUUCCACAAUUUGACACAUGAACCCGCGAUAUGGUCAUGUGAUGCUGGUCAGUGGCUAUCUUGUUUUGACAGCUGUCAUUGACCAUAUCGUGAAGGUCCAACAUAAAAGAUGUGGAUUUGCCAAGACACACCUGAGACACCCCUCCCUUCCUGUUGAUAGUCUCCCCUACCCCACCCGUACAAUCUGUAGACGCCUACGCUCGGUCAAUCACGUGACAACCAAACGAAGAGAGGCUGACCAUAUUCUAUGAGUAUGGAGCUCUGUCCCACGCGCCAUUCACGCGCGUGGGAGCCCCGCUAUAAUCAUAUAGGCUUUAAAACUGUUUCCAGUCGUCUGUUGCAACGGAUGGCAAGAAUGGAAGCUGACAGACAUGGAUUGAAACUUUAAAAAAAUGAAAAAGUUUGGCUUUUUCGAGUUUCAAUGCUAUACCACACAAAUCACCGAAAAAAAAAAAAUUGGUUAGUACUCCCCAGGGAAAUUUGUUUUUUAUCUUCUGCACAUCUCUACAGGAGCAUUUUGUGUGUUGAUACAGGCACCAAAUAAUGACAUUAGCAGAGAUUUGACCUUUUAAAACAGCUAUAUCCUUGUGCCAUAGCCAUUAAGCAUUUUCUGAGAAUGAUUUUUAUUUUGUACCCCACGACUUAUUAAUACAGAAACUAAUGAUUUUUUAAAUAUAUGUCUUUCUUUUUAGGCAUUUCACACUUUGUGUAUUCNGAUUUGACCUUUUAAAACAGCUAUAUCCUUGUGCCAUAGCCAUUAAGCAUUUUCUGAGAAUGAUUUUUAUUUUGUACCCCACGACUUAUUAAUACAGAAACUAAUGAUUUUUUAAAUAUAUGUCUUUCUUUUUAGGCAUUUCACACUUUGUGUAUUCAACUGUAUGCUCCCGGGAACAGUGGUUCUUGUCCUUGGCUUCUUCGCUAUACUUCAUUCGUGGUUAAACGCCUUCGCAGAGAUGACCCGCUUUGCUGACCGAAUGUUUUACAAGGUUUGUUGGCAUAAAUUCCUCCCCCUUCCCUCCCCUCCUGGUCUGUGUGGAAGGCCUUCAAAAGAAAAUGGAAGAAAGUGAAUUAGGGCGCAAUGGAACGCGAAGGAGAGGUAACGCGUUCCCUCUUCCCACGCAAGCCCAUCGCGUGAGAACACGAAGGAAGCAGAAAAGAAGGAGAAAGAAAGAUGACGCGUUCCCUUUUGCCUCGCCCGCACUUCGCGCGAGAACGCGAAGAAUUCGCAAAAAGGAAGAAGAAAUAUAACGUGUUCCCUCCUCCCUCGCUUUCCCAUCGCGCGAGAACUUGAACGAUGCGAAAAUGAAGGAGGAAGAAAGGUUACUCGUUCCCAUUUCCCUCGUGUGCCUACACCACAAGGUGUUUUCUUUGCUCUGACAUCUCCAAAUGGUUAGACAGUCUAGUUUCUAGUUUCCCAAGGCGCUGCUUUGCAGGCUCCGGGGCUCGCAGGCUCUCUAAAAAUAAAAAAAAAAUAGAAGGAAUGUGUACAGGCUAAAAACGAACACUAGAGACGUAACAAUUUCUGGCGAUGACCUCUGCUCUACCUUUCAUAAGCUGUGGGAUUUGGUAGGGAGGGAGCCCAUCCCCUCUUAGCAGGUCUUUUCACUAUGAAGUGGAACCAGGGUGUCUGUGGAUACCUGCAAUGAAGGUUCCAAUGGGGACAGACUGUCAAUAAUUACCGCUAUAGGAAAUGUCUGAAUGUCGUAACUGUUCAUCAGGAGGAUGCCUAACACGUGUGCAAUUCCAAAAAUGGUGAUUUACUGUAUUGUCCUCUUGUCUCGUUACAGGAUUGGUGGAAUUCAAAUUCUUAUGCUGAUUACUACCGUACAUGGAAUGUAGUAGUACAUGACUGGCUGUAUGCUUACAUCUACAAGGACCUCUAUCGGGUAGGAUUUUUUUUAUUUAUCUAUUAUAUGGAGUUGACCCCACCCACAACACCCCAUUUUGCAUUUAAUUUUUUCUGUGAGGUUACUCUGGUCACUUGACUAGGGACUUUUGAGUUGGGGUAGAGAAAGCUUAGGUUAUGCUAGGGAUAGCCCACGCUAACAUUUAUUAGUAAAAUCCAACUAGUGGUCUAUUAUCAAUGCUGCGUUCUGAUUGGUUGAGCUACUACUAGGCUAUAUGUCAUAGCCCACUAGUAGCGAAAAGCGCCGGCUUUUUGGUGGCAAAAAAAGGAUUAAAGUCUAGCUUUAACUAGCUAAAGUUUUUUUGUCUCGAUAUUUUUGACCAACUAGUUGGAUUUUACUAAAACAACUAUUCCUCUCGCCCUCAUGGGCUCUGAGUCAAUAGCUCAUUCGGCCUUCGGCCUCAUGGGCCAUUAGGGAGUUUAAGAUACGGAGACUACGGACUACGAACUACGGCUGGACGAGCGUUGUCCUUUGUUUGUAGCACUGGGUUGAGUCGUGCAAAUACAGAACGUUAAGAUUGCACUACCGACAGUAGACUACGAGAGAAGAGGCGGAGAGGGAAACAACACGCAAAGAUUUUCUUGUGUUUAUCACAGUUCACAAAAAUGCAAGUCAGUUUUCCAUGUGAUCUUAUCUUUAGAACAAUGAACAAAUUCUUCCAUACUUGAAGGAAGCAAUUACGUCGAGUGAAAUUGGUGAACAAAGUUUUGGUUACACAGGUUUUAUUUUUUUAGCCUAUGAAUACUUAUGCCAAAUAUUAAAGAAAUAGACAGAAAUAGUAAUAGCUCAUUUAUUAGAUUCAGAAGAUGGACUUCUCCGACUACUGAUCUCAUGUAGUUUGAAGUAUUCAAAUGCCGAGUUUCGAUUAUCUCGAAGAUGUUUACAUCCAUCAUUUUCAUUCAACAAAUGCGAUACAAAAACACGCAUAAACAAAGGUUACACAAGUAGAAAGACACACUAAUCAGUUCGAACAAACAUUGAAACUUUUCAAGUGCGAAGAGAAAGUAAAUUACCUGCAUGAUUUCUCUUCUCCUCGGCCGUCAAUCUGAAUUCUGCGUGUGAACAGCUAAGCCUAUUUAAAUAUGAGCUUAGCUAGAUAAAAGUGUAGUCACAACAGUGGAUUAAAUGCGUAAAUCUGAGCAGAAAUUAGACACAACUUACAUAUUUCGCUUCCCUCUCACUUAAAGCAGGUCAAUUGAAAACUUUUUUUACGAAAAGACGAGAUUCUUGAAUUAACGAGACGGCAAAAUACGAGCAAAAUGUUCUCGGUAGUCCCGACUACGCGAAACAGCUCAACAACUCACCGUAGCCGCAGGACUACGUGGGAAAAGUGAACAAUCACGUGGUUUUGAUCAUGCGCAGUACCAUGUUUAACCGUAGUCGUAGUCCGUAGUUGGCGUAUCUUAAACUCCCUAUUGACUCAGAGCCCAUUCGGGCUCAAGGAAUAAUUGUUAAAUAGCCACACCGUUCGGGUAAACCCAACAGGCAAGUAUUAGGAAACCGUUCUCUAUUAUUAAGGCUUUGUCAAGUCUUUAACUUGUCCGUUGUUGGUUAUGAUCCACAAAUAAUCAAUCAGUCAGUCAUUGGAACAGUCAGUUGGUUAUUUUCGGACUAAACUAGGGCUAAUAAUAACCUUUAUUUUAAGAGGGUGACACCAAUUGCUAUAAAAGGUAUUCUCCCUAGUGGCCCUCUAAAAACAAAAUUGAUAAUAAUAAAUUACAACAGUCAUGAUAAAAAGCCUUUUUACAAAUAGUAAUUAUAAUAAAGGAUCUUAAAAAUUCUAAACAAGUAUUCUCCCUCCCUAGUGGCCCUCUAAAGACAAACUUGAUAACAAUAAAAUUACAGCAAUCAUGAUAAAAAGCCUAUUUACAAAUAGUGAUUAUAAUAAAAGGUUCUUAAAAAUUCUAGAGAUUUAAAAAAUUGAGAGAUGUAAAAACGGAAGUGAAUGCAUUGGUAAAAAAGGGAAUCCAAUCUACAUUGAAAAAAACCACGGAGUUUUAAAAAUCAGAAUAACUUUAUAACUUCAAAAUUGUCCACCGUAUAGUUUGAGGCGACGGUAUUAGUCAGUGUUGCCUUCAUUAGGCUAAAGGAGGUGGAUGGUUCUAAGUUAUCUCUACAGAGAGCGGCGCAAACCAAGCCUAGGCCCAAAGUUAAUUUAUAACUGUGCCUAUUAUUAUACUUUUUUUUUUCAGAUUAUUAAGAACCGCCAAGUGGCGACAGUUUCCGUGUUCAUCUUGUCCGCCAUUGUUCACGAAUACGUUCUACUCUUCGCGUUCCGCUUCUUCUAUCCCAUUCUUCUCAUUAUGUUUGGUGCAUUUGGUUGUAAGUACAUAGGCGUCGUCUUUAUUUCAUUCAAAUGUAAACUAGUAAUUUUCUAUCAUUGUGAUAUUGACGAUGAUGAUAGUGGUAGUGGUGGUGAUGGUGCAGCUUGCAUAGUGGGGGAGAGAAAGAACGUGACACUGGAGGGGGGCAAGCCUGUCUCUCCCCCCUCUUGUCUCCAUCGCGUGCCUUGUUCUUUCAUGCACCGAUAUCAAUUUCAAGCGCUUGCUGUGCCUGCUAGUAAUGGUCCUUGUAGUUGUUGAUUAUGAUAAUGAUGACAGUAGUGAUUAAAAUAUUGAUAGAAACCUCUUAUUACUUUCAAGCCCUUCCUACGCAUGCUAGUGGUGGUCUUGUUGUUGGUGAUGAUAAUGAUGACAACAGUGAUUAAUCAAAAGAUACGCGAGGUAACACGCGUCUCUCUACCCUCUCGUGUGUCCAUCGCGUGCCUCGUUCUUUCAUGAACCCAUGUUUCCUUUCAAGCGCCUGCUACGUAGGCUACUGGGGUUCCGACACGCGACGUAAGACACGCGUGUCUCUCCUCCCUCUCGUGUCUCCCUCACAUGACUUGUUCUUUCAUGGCCCCUCAUUACUUUCAAGCUCCUGCUACUUAGGUUCAGUAGUGUAGGUGUUAUUGUUGGUGAUAACGAUGAUGAUGAUGAUGAUGAUUGUGAAUGAUCAUGAUGACAUUAGUGGUUAGUAUAACAAUAACGAUGUCAAUGAUGGAUUGAGUUGUUAUAUUUUAUUUCAGUGUCGUUUGUGUUUCUAAAACCAAAGAAGCACGAGAACGUGUCUCAAGCGUGGAACAUCUUUAUGUGGAUCACACUGAUUGUCGGCAAUGGUCUGCUGAUGUGUAUGUACAGCAUGGAAUGGUUUGCCAAUCAGAACUGUCCAAGGAAGGGUGUAAGUACAGCUUUAUUUAAUCGUAGUCAAAUCAUUCAUUUUUGCUGCCAAAGGCGCGGUUUAUUAUGCAACCAUGGCAACGGUAAUCUUUACACGUGCGAAGAUAUCACGUUUUCGCGCGAAAUCUCACCUGGUAUUUCAUUGGUAUUUAGAAUAUAGUAAUUGGACAGGUAUAGAUGUUAAGGAGAAAGGAAAUUGUUACCAAAGAAGAAUAGUCCAUUUUCGUGUUCGCUAUGACCGCUGAAUUAAAGAAGUGAAGACGUAUUUUUAUAGCUUUAGCCUCAAUCUGAAGUAAUGUAUUCACAAAUUUCAACGAGAAAAAGACCUGUUUAUUACUCUGUCUAUUGUGUCGUUAAUGUUUGUAUUCAGCGGUAAUUUUUAAUUCGAAACUGGACUAUUGCGUUGAUUCUUAAAUUUCUCUCAUUUUCACCUUAAGGAUGUGUAAACAACAGCAUGAUGAAUUUAUUUACAUAUUUAUUUGUUUAUUUUAGGUUAGGGCUAUGAUGUGUUUAACCCUGAUCGCCCGUUUAUCCAACUGUCUCUGGCUGCUUCUUAGUCUCCCUCGCAGCCGUUUUCGUCCCGUCACGCAACACUCCUCCUUGUUGGGGAGGAGCGUUGCGUGACGAAACAAAAGCGGCUGAGAGGGAGACUAGUUGCUUCAGAGUUUUCAUCGGUUGAUUUUCUUCUCAUGCAGGAUUCCUGGUUGGAUCUUUUGAGCCCUCGUUCUUGGAGCAUAGAAUGCGUCGGAAUGGGAUUAGAUGGAAGACGGCUAAAGAUCUAA